AUGGGGACAUGGACCAGCGGCUUCUCCGCCAAGGAGCGCGCCGAGGAGGGCGGCGACGCGGAGCACCGCGUCAUCGGCGAGCGCAUCGAGGCCGCCGCGAGUCCGCAGGAGCUCUUCCGACUGAGCGAGCUGCACUCCCUCAACAGCAACCAGGCCUCGCUGGUCAUCGCGCAGCUCUCCCGCCUCGCCGCCGAAAAGCACCUGGAGGCCGAGGGGAUUGUGCAGGACGAGCGCUUCGAGCAGCUCUUCGCCAUCGUAGACUCCCAGGUGUCUCAGGUGUGGAACAACACCCUGGUGAAGCUCCUGAGGAGCCUCUACGCGCUGGGGCUGGACGGCGGCCGCCGCGAGGUGCAGUCCAUCGAGCACGAGGUGCUGUGGCGGCUGCGGCGCCUCGGCUUCCGGCAGCUGGCGGCGCUGGCCGAGCUGCUGGCGCUGCGGCAGGGCAAGGACAGCAAGCUGCUCGGCGAGGUCAUCCGCAAGCUGGAGCUGCGCUGGACCGAGCUCGAGGGCACCAGGACCGUGGUGCUCCUCAUGGCCAAGGUGGGCCACGUCUCGCCGGCCCUCAUGGACCGCCUGGAGGACAAGGCGCUGGAGCUGGCCGAGCACUUCGGCCCCGACGACAUCCGCCGGAUCGCGCUGGCCCUGGCCUACCAGAACCGGCGCUCCGUGCCGCUGCUGCGCGCCCUCUCCUACCACCUGCUCCAGAAGCACUCGGAGCUCGGCCUCCCCGUCCUCAUGGACCUCCUCUUUGCCUACGGAAAACUGAAUUUCCACCAGCCCCAGGUCUUCCAGAAGAUUGCCGGCGAGCUGCAGCCCCACGUGGCCACCAUGACGCCGCUCGAGGUGACGCGCUGCGUCAGGUCCUUCGCCCUCCUCAAGUGGCUCAACCUGCCCCUCUUUGAGGCCAUCGCGCAGUACACCCUGGACAACUGCAAGGAGGUGUCAGUGCCCCAGCUGUGCAGCAUCGUCGUGUCCUUCGCCCGCCUCAACUUCCAGCCCAGCGCAAACGAGGACUUCUUCAGCAUGGUGCACGAGAGGCUGCAGGGGCAGCUGGCGAGCGUGGAGGCGCCGCUGCUCGUGGCCGUGGUGUGGGCGCUGUGCGUGCUGCAGCAGGCCGGCGCUCCCUACCUGCGGCACGUGCUGGCGCCCGCCUUCCACGCGCGCCUGCCAGGCGACUCGUCCCCCAAGGCGCAGAGCCUGCGGCUCAAGCUGAUCCAGAUCAACGCGGCCGCCAGGCUGGAGAGCCCGGGCUACGUGGGGCCCUUCCUGCCCGCGGAGCUGCUGGGCGCCCAGGGCGCGGGCGCCGAGAAGGCGACGCCGCUGCAGAGCGGCCUCCGCGAGGCCCUGGCCGGGCUGCUGGCCGGCGGGGACAGCGGCCGCUUCGACGUUCCCACCGUCUACGGCUGGAAUAUCGAUGCCGAGAUGCUGCUGGACGGGGAGAACCGGCCGCUGCCCCUCCAGGGCUUCGUGGCUCCCCAUCUGCUGCGCUCCGAGGGGACGGCCCCGCUGCCGCCGGGCGCCAGGAGGGUGGCCUUCCUGCGCUGGGAGUUCCCCAGCUUCAGCAACAGGAGCAAGGAGCUGCUGGGCCGCUGCGCCAUGGCGCGGCGCCACGUCCAGGCCGCCGGCUUCCUCGUCGUCGACGUGCCCUACUACGAGUUCCUGGAGCUGAAGUCGGAGCGGCAGCGCGCGGCCUUCCUCAAGGACAAGCUGCACAAGGCCGUGGCCGCGGAGCUGGCGGGGUGACGCGGCCGCUGCGCCCCCAAUAAAGCGCCCGCCGCCCCGUGA